CGUGAGAGAUGGACCUGCAUAGUUGUACAGCGUGCGUAGGUGCCCAGGGAUGUAUAUAGCUUCCGGGACGGCUUCACUACAAUCAGAAUUCGCACUGGCGAAUAACAUACACAAACACGCACGUGACACAGACGGUCUAGUGUUCAGCCCGAUACGUUCGUAGUAAGACACCAUGGCUGCUCCAGCUAUAGGGAUUGAUUUGGGUACCACCUAUUCUUGUGUGGCCGUUUUUCAGCAUGGAAAAGUGGAGAUUAUCGCUAACGAGCAAGGCAACCGGACAACACCUAGUUAUGUAGCCUUUACGGAUACCGAACGGUUGAUUGGGGAUGCUGCUAAAAACCAAGUAGCCAUGAACCCUAGUAACUCGGUUUUUGACGCAAAGAGACUCAUAGGGAGGAAGUUUGACGACGCUUCCGUUCAAUCGGACAUGAAAAACUGGCCAUUUAAAAUUAUCAACAAGAACGGUACACCUUUAAUCCAGGUGCAAUUUAAAGGUGAGACCAAGAUAUUCAGCGCAGAGGAAAUAAGUUCAAUGGUGUUGACGAAAAUGAAGGAAACAGCAGAAGCGUACCUUGGCAAGAAGGUAAAGGAUGCUGUCAUUACCGUCCCGGCUUACUUUAAUGACUCUCAGCGCCAGGCGACAAAGGACGCCGGUGCUAUUACUGGUCUGAACGUGCUUCGAAUCAUUAAUGAACCUACGGCUGCCGCUCUGGCUUAUGGUCUCGAUAAAAACCUGAGCGGGGAGAAAAAUGUCCUCAUUUAUGAUCUUGGAGGUGGUACUUUCGAUGUUUCUAUACUGACCAUUGACGAGGGCUCCAUGUUUGAAGUCCGCUCUACAGCCGGAGAUACUCAUCUUGGCGGCGAAGACUUUGACAACAGGUUAGUGACAUUCUUCAUUAACGAAUUUAAACGCAAACACCACAAAGACAUGAGCAACAAUCCCCGUGCCAUCCGUCGUUUGAGAACGGCAUGCGAGAGAGCAAAGCGUACGCUCUCUAGCAGUUCGGAAGCAAGUGUAGAAAUCGACUCGAUGUUUGAAGGAAUUGACUUCUAUACUAAGAUUUCUCGCGCCAGAUUUGAGGAGCUUUGUUCGGACUUAUUCAGAACUACCAUUGACCCUGUUGAACGAGCACUGAUCGAUGCCAAGCUCGACAAGAGUAAAAUCCAUGAUAUCGUUCUGGUAGGUGGCUCAACUCGUAUCCCUAAGAUUCAAAAGUUGCUGCAAGAUUUCAUGAAUGGCAAAGAACUGAAUAAAUCGAUCAAUCCGGACGAGGCGGUGGCCUAUGGAGCGGCUGUCCAGGCGGCCGUCCUCUCGGGUGAUACCAGCAGCGCCAUCAAGGACGUGUUGUUGGUGGACGUAGCGCCAUUGUCCUUAGGUAUCGAAACAGCUGGGGGUGUUAUGACCAACCUCAUCGAACGAAACAGUCGGAUUCCGUGUAAAACAUCAAAGACAUUCACAACUUACGCGGAUAACCAGCCAGGGGUCCACAUACAAGUAUAUGAGGGCGAGAGGGCUAUGACCAAGGAUAACAACCUCCUUGGAAAGUUUGACCUUGACGGUAUCCCUCCCGCCCCACGUGGUGUGCCCCAGAUUGACGUCACCUUUGACAUUGACGCAAACGGUAUCCUAAACGUGUCGGCUGAGGACAAGAGUACCGGAAAAUCGAACAAAAUCACCAUCACUAACGACAAAGGCCGACUUAGUAAGGCACAAAUCGACCGAAUGGUAUCUGAAGCUGAGCAAUAUCGUGAGGCAGACGAGAAACAGAGGCAAGCAGUGGCCUCUAGGAACGCUCUGGAGAACUAUGUGUUCAGUGUGAGAAUGGCAAUCAACGAAACAGCCGGGGACAAACUGACACAGGAGGAGAAAACCACAGCCCUAGAUAAGUGUGAAGACACACUCAAGUGGCUGGAGGCCAAUAUGCUGGCGGAGAAGGAAGAAUACGACUACAAAAUGAAGGAGGUUCAAGGUGUGUGCUCUCCUAUGAUGAGCAAACUCCAUGGUGGAGGUCAAGGUCAAGCCCAAGGUCAAGGCGGUAAAAGUAGUGGUCCGACAGUGGAGGAAAUGGACUAAUUAAAACUAUACAAGUUAAGUAUGGGUUUUCAAAGUGCUCGUAUCGCAUUUAAAUCAGUUUUUCUAUCGGCGCUGUAUUUAUGCUCGAAUAAUUUAUCUAUGUUACCUUAGCUAUUAUUGCAUCUGUUUGUUAUAUAAUGCGUGAACUGACGUAAAAUGUUACUAAAACAGCUUUAAUCGUGACAGUUGUUAAGGCAAAUUCAGUCAUUGCUCAGCAAAUUUUAUUCGUGUUGUCAAUAAAAAUACUGUUAAAACAAGCCCCGUU